AUGAAUUUCUCUGGCCAGUUGGUACAUCAAGCUCUACUACGACAAGUUGUAACCUCUGCUAAAGAAGAAUCUGGUGUGAUAUUAUUCAGGUUCAAAUUUGCUGGAAAGAGGGCAACAUUUUCUAUUACUGAAUUUGCUCUUAUCAUUGGUUUGUUAUGUGGUGAUGUCCCUCCCCUGUCUAGCUUGAUUGACACUUCUGUGCAUAGGAUUAGGGACUUGUAUUUUGGUGGAAAUAAGAGCAUUGGUAGAAAUAAGUUAGAUGAAGUUUUCAUGAGUUGUGAUCCUGAACCUGGAAAGGAAGAAGAUGUGUUGAAGCUAGCUCUGGUAUAUUUUUUGGAGUCUGUUUUACUGCCUAGGGAGCGUAGUAGGAAUAUAGAUAUCCAGUGGUUGCAAUUGGUUGAUAAUGUUAAUGUGUUUAAUAAGUAUCCAUGGGGAUCUGUGAGCUAUGCACGUACUGCAAAGUCUCUUGCAUCUGUCAUGAUAUGGCUUUAUGAAGCGCUAGAAGUGCAUGAUACGCUUGUCCCUACUGAUUUAGAGUUAGGGCAGGAAUAUUUGAGUAGUAUUGGGAGCCCCAAGUUAAAGGAGAUGACCAAUGUUGUGGGGAGCUCCAAGACAAAGAAAAAGAGCUCAAAGAAGAAGAGCAAUGUAGCGGCUGAGAGCAAUGUUGUUGUGGAUGCGUUUGAGAAUUUGUUUGGAGAUGAGGACAAUAAUCGCCACAACCCUGAGAUUGAGCGAGAGGAUGAUCCAAUGGGAAGAGUUAUUGAGAAGUUACUUGGGAUGAAAAAGGUGUUGAUUGAGCAGAAAAAAAUAAAUAGGUUGGUGAGGAAUGAGGUUACAACUUAUUUUGAUGCAUUUUUCCAAUCUGUGGAGGAUAAUAUGAAGACACUAGUGGAAUUUAGAAUAGGAACUAACAUGGAGGUGGAUGAUGAGGUUCUAAGUGAUGAGAUUGAACCUCAAAACAAGGGGAUGGAGAAUAAGGAGAAUGAUGUGAAGGAGGAGGAGGAUAAGGUGGAGGAAAAUGAGGAAAAGGUGGAAAAUGAGAAGAAGGAGGAUGACGUAGUUCAAGUAAAAGAGAACGAGGAGAAGGAGCCGGAGCAGGAGGAGGAGGAGGAGGAGGAGGUGGAGAAGGAAGAAGCUGGAGUUCAAAUAAAGGAGAAUGAGGAGAAGAAGGAAAAGGAUGAGAAUGAGGAGGCUGUAGUUGGAAGAAAUGAUGCGGAGUUGUCAAGUAUGGAGCUGGAAGCUGUGGAUGAACUAUUAGAGCUUUCAAAGCAUCGAUUUACACCAGAGAAGAUAAACAAGGACUCUGAAGGAGUGGAGGAGAUUAGAGAGUCUCAGUUUCCCACAGCUACACCAGGUGGGACACGCAAAUAUACCAGAAAUAAGAAUAAGCGUGCGAAGAGGCCUGGACCACAAACGAAAACACCAUUUACCUCCCCCAGCUUCAAGAGGAGGAAACUUAUGGUGGAAAAUGAGACAGUUAAUCCAUUGACAGAUGCUCCAAUAUUACAGUUGAAGCGAGCGUAUCCAAAGGAAUGGGCACGCGAUUUACUUGCUUUCAUGAAAGAUAAUACACUUGAAAGUAAGUUGAUAAGUUGGGAGCCAUGUCAAGUAGACAAGAAUUGGUUUGUGGAUGCCAUCAGACCAGAAACCUGGUUAUCAGACAAUCACCUUGAUGUGGCAAUGUACCAUAUUCGUAGAAGGAUUGCCAAUAACCCUGAAGUUUUUAAGAAGAAGUCUGCAGUGCUCGGCAGUUUUUUCUUUGUCCGGGUUAUGCAAGCUUUCAUACUUUUCAAUGAAAGCAAGGAUUGUUCUUGGGACAAUGAUAAUCUGAUUUUGGACUAUGUAAUAGGAGAGAGUCCAGUGAAAUCUGUGUCUUGGUCUAACGUAGACUACGUUUACUUCCCUGCCAACUUCAACAAUGCACAUUGGGUGGCUGUAGAGAUGAUCUUGGGGGAAAGACAGAUUAACGUGUAUGACUCGCUUACAAGCUGCACAAAAAUUCCAAAAUUUAGUGAAUUAAUGCAACCCUUGAAGUUGAUGAUGCCAUACAUAUUAAGAGCAGCUGCGUUAAAUGAUGAAAAUCUCUCUCCCUGGAAACUUAAAAGGGUAUCGUCCUGCCCUCAGCAAAAUAAUGGAGGAGAUUGUGGCAUGUUCACCAUCAAGUUCAUUGAAGUAUUAACUGCAAGCAUGCCAGUUAGUCUGAUAACUCAAGAGGACAUGGUAUUCUACAGGAAAAAGUUCACUAUGGAGGCAUGGGACGGAGAAUUUUUAAUGUAG